CGCGUACGUUUGGUCGACCGUUGCAAGAUACGCUGCCAUUGCAACCAAGGAAUUAUUCCAAAUACGAAUCUGUGUUUCUGAUUCCCCUCGGCCACCUUUGUUUAUCCGUCGGAACAUCGCCGCGCAACCUCAUGCGAGCACCCGCAAUGAGCUUCACUUGAAGACUAAGUAGGGCUGGCCAUAAUAUAUCCAGCUCUGCAUCGUUGUCAUCUGCUACAACUCUUGCGCUCUCUCCUUCUCUCUCCGGCUUCCCCGAUUCGUCGCCUCCUCGUAGACUCCCUUCUUGGUAACCGGUUUCCACGUCUCGCAACGCGCUUCACAUUACACAACAUACCCAUACUUCGCUAAGAUGUCGACCUCGAUCUGGAACCCAGAGAAUAUCCGAGAUGUUGCGGAAUCUGUAGGGAUCGCAUCACUGUCGGACAAUAUCGUUGAUGAGCUAGCACGCGAUGUCGACUUCCGCUUGGCUCAGGUGCUGGAGGAAGCUCUCAAGUUCAUGCGACAUGGGAAACGGACAACCUUGACUACGCACGAUAUAUCUCACGCGCUCAAGAUCUUGAACAUUGAGCCGCUGUAUGGUUAUGAGGCUACCCGUCCUCUACGGUUCGGUGAAGCCUCACUUGGCCCUGGACAGCCCUUGUACUACGUCGAAGACGAGGAGCUCGACUUUGAGAAGCUCAUCAACGCGCCGCUACCUAAGGUGCCUCGGGAAGUCACCUUCACAGCUCACUGGCUUGCCGUCGAAGGUGUGCAGCCAUCCAUACCCCAGAACCCCACAACAGUAAACCAUGCAGACCUCUUGCCCAAGGGUCCCAACGCGAAUCAACAUCUAGCCGCGGCCAAUGGCUUGGAUAACGUCAGUGUAAAGCCGCUGGUAAAACACGUCCUUUCCAAAGAGUCACAAGAGCUGUUCGCGAAGCUAUCUUCUGCCCUCGUCGACGAAUCAAAUCCGGAAUGGCAGAACGCUGCUCUGGCAUCUAUCCAAACAGACCCGGGCAUCCACCAGCUUACAACCUAUCUUCUUACUUUCAUUGCUGAGAAGGUGACACACAGUAUGAAGAACUUGUUUGUCCUUCGCCAAAUGAUGCUCGCUACCAAUGCGCUUCUCAGCAACCAAGCGAUCUAUCUUGAUCCAUACGUCGCGUACAUGGUCCCACCUGUCCUGACAUGUUGCACGGGCAAGCACCUCGGACCUACCACCCAUUUACCCCCUUCCAAUGCCUCGUCGGAAACUCUGAACGGCAACGGUGCUAAUGGCACCAACAGCACUAUUCCACUGGCGCAUUAUGAUGUUCGCGACAUCGCCGCCUCCAUUCUCAGCAAGAUGUGCUUGCAAUACUCAUCUUCAAAUCAAGGCCUUAAAUCACGGAUAGCAAGGAUCUGCUUAAGGCAGUUCCUCGACCCUAACAAGCCUCUAGGCACUCACUACGGUGCUCUAAACGCCCUGCAGUUGAUCACCGGUGCGGAAGGAAUCAAGAUGCUAGUGCUACCAAAUCUGAAGAUAUAUGACAAGCUACUGAAAGACGCAUUGGCUGACGAAGUCAAGAGGCCUGAGGGGGAGAGAGUCCUUGCUCUGAUCUUGAAGUCGUUGGACUCGUUGGAGAAAUUACGAGGACCGACAAGAGCGAAUGGAGUAGCAAACCUUGAAAGCUUGAAGGAGCGCCUGACAGAAAGAAUCGGCGAGGUGGUGGCAGAGAAGAUCGUCUCAAGUGGCCGAUCAUCCGUAGCUCAGGUCAUUCUGGAAGCAGAUUUGAGCUUGUAGCUGGCACGUGAAUGAGACCCCGAUUGGCCAACAGGUUUUGGGAAGGACGGCGUCGAAAGGAAAUAUCAUGAUACCAAUGUUCAUUCAUCCUACAUUUUUAGUAUUCAGAAUAUAUCAAACCUCAUCUGUUAGACU